AUGUCUUUGGCACCACAGCAGACCGCAGAGGAUUCCAAGCACUUUUUCAAGCCGAUUGGAGAAUACGUUGCCGACCAUGAUCAGGCUGCUCCAUCUGCUUCGCUAGCCGAUGCGGCUACUGCCGACGCGGGCGAGCAAAAGAUGGUCGAAGAGAUCAGCUCGCUCUGCAUGGAAUGCCACAAAGAAGGCACCACGCGCAUGCUGCUCACCUACAUCCCUUACUUCCGCGAGGUCAUCGUUGUCUCGUUCUUCUGUCCUCACUGCGGCAAUCGCAAUAGCGAGAUUCAGUCCGCUGGUCAGAUUCAGCAAAAAGGCUGUCUCUACACUGUUCACGUCACCAACACCGCUGACCUUAACCGCCAGGUGGUCAAGUCCGAAUUCUGCACCGUCAACAUUCCCGAGCUCCAGAUCGAGAUUCCGCCCAAGAAAGGUCAGCUCACCACCAUCGAAGGUGUCAUCUCGGACACGCUUCGUGAUUUGGAACUGGACCAGCCGUUGCGCAAGCACAUGCAGCCGGACGCAUAUGCCAAGAUCGAGCAGAUCUGCGACAAGCUCCGAGACAUUUUGGGCGAGGACAAAGCGUCAGAACAAGAUCAAGUCAAUGCCGAUGAUGAAAAUGUCUCGUCAGGCUUGCGCAGUCUCGGUCCCGUGGGAGCUAGCUCGUCGUCGAUGAGUGCCGAAGAAAAGGACAAGCGCAAAGUGCCUGCUUUCUCGAUCCGCCUCGACGAUCCAUCUGGCAACUCGUUUGUUGAAUUCAUGGGCGAUGUUCAGGGGCGCGGCAUGUCGGACGCAAAGUGGAGCAAGCGCGACUACCCACGUUCCAAAGAGCAGAACGAGCUUCUCGGUCUUUCCGGUCCGGCGGCUCUCGGCAACCAGGAUGACAACGACGAGCAAGUGCACACCACCGGUUUCGACAAGAACGCCGGCGAGACCGAGUUUGACAAUGAAGAAGUCUAUACGUUUGCCGGUACAUGCUCGUCCUGUAACGCGCCUCUGGAAACACGCAUGAAAAAGGUCAACAUUCCCUACUUCAAGGACAUUCUCAUCAUGUCGACCAACUGCGAAAACUGCGGGUACAAGGACAACGAAGUCAAGUCCGGUGCUGCGAUUUCCGAACAGGGUCGAAAGCUCACGCUCAAAGUUCAAGACAAGGAGGAUCUCUCGAGAGACGUGCUCAAAUCCGAAACUGCCGGUUUUGCAAUUCCCGAGAUCGACCUGCAUCUGUCACCGGGAACGCUCGGUGGACGAUUCACGACACUGGAAGGUCUGUUGCAACAGGUGUACGACGAGCUGUCCGAACGCGUCCUGAUGCGCGGCGAUUCGUCAUCUCAGGCGGCUACGUUUGAAGGCUUCUUGGGCAAGCUCAAGAGCGUCAUCAGCUGUGAGACGUUGCCGUAUACCGUCAUCCUGGACGAUCCGUUGGCCAACUCGUACAUUCAAAAUCCCUAUGCUCCCGAUCCGGACGAGCAGAUCGUCGAGCAGAGAUACACCAGGACGUACGACCAGAACGAGGAUUUGGGUCUCAACGAUAUCAAUGUCGAUAACUACCAGCACGACGUUCCGGCCCAGACUGCUCCUAACACGCUUGUCUGA